AUGGCGCAAAAGACGUUGCAGGGCAAAGUGGCCCUCGUCACCGGCUCGAGCAGCGGCAUGGGUCGAGGAAUUGCCCUUGGCCUUGCGAACCAGGGCGUCGCCGUCAUCUGCUGCGAUCUCAAGCCAGAGGCCAACCCGGAGGGAUUCGAAAAGGACCUGCAGACGACCACGGUCGAUGUGAUUCUCGCGCAAGGCGGACAAGCCGUGUUUUUCAAAGUGGACAUUUCCGUCAUGGCGGACAUUGAAAAAGCCUUCAGCGAGGGUAUAGCGAAAUUCGGACGUCUAGAUAUCGUCGUCAACUGCGCAGGCUACUGGGCACCAUUCCGGAAAUUCGCCGUCGAGGACGAUGACCUGUGGCAAAAGAUGGCCAACGUCAACUUGCUGGGCACUUCAAAGUGCAACCGCUUGGCGAUCCAGCAGUUUCUGAAGCAGGAAGUCGAUGAGGAAUGGGGGAGCCGGGGUAAGAUCGUCAAUGUCUCGUCCUGCGCCGGCAGCAUCGCCUUUCCGUAUGAGGUGGCGUACUCGGCGACAAAGGCGGCCAUCAACCACAUGACCCGCGCCGGGGCACUAGACCAUGCCCAGGACUCGAUCAACAUCAACUGUAUAGCCCCAGGCGUCGUGGCUACCGGUAUGGCCCGCAAAAACUUCGAGGAUGGAGACAUUAUCAAGCACAUGAAGAAGGCCACUCCCUGGCCUCGGCUGGGCACGGUCGAGGAUAUCGCAGGCACAGCUUUAUUCCUGUGUAGUAAACAAUCCUCGUGGCUCACUGGCCAGGUUUUUGCGGUGGACGGCGGUAUGACCCUUGGUGUGCCGCCUUGA